AAAAAUUGUUUUGAAGCUUUAAAACAUGUCCUUAGAUUAAAACACAUUUUAGUCUCAAGGAUUAGGUCACAGAUCCUACAAGAGACUGUACAGCCAUGAAGGAAAUGAAAAGCAUUAUUUGUUUUACUGCUGUACUUGGCCUAGCUUGGUCAUUACCAAGUUACUGGGAGGAUAAUACCUUUGUAUCCAAGGAAUCUUCUGAAGAUGGGCAAGGGAAAGGAGUUAAGUCAACUAAUUGUUCUUGUGGUUGGACCAAUAAGGGAAGAAUUGUUGGAGGUCGAGAAGCUUUAGUAAAUGAAUAUCCACUAAUGGCUGGUUUGGUUUCGGCUGAAGACCAGCUAUUAUUCUGUGGUGCCUCUAUUAUAACUACUCAUCAUGCUUUGACUGCUGUUCAUUGUACCAUAGAAUACAAAGGUCAAAAAAUAUUUUUGGCUGUUGGAGAACAUAAUCUGUUAUCAGACAAAGAAAAAGAAGCAGCUUUAUAUCCAAUUGAUCGUACCAUUGAGCAUGAAAACUACAAUGAUAUGACCUUGGCUAAUGACAUAGCACUUGUUGUUGUUAAAAGAAAAAUUGAUUUUUCACAAAGAAUAGGACCUGUUUGUCUGCCAAACAAAGUGCUGAAUUUGGUUAAUGAGCAUGUGAAAGUUUUAGGUUGGGGCCUGACAACAGAUGGAGGUUCGCAGUCCUCAGUUUUGAUGAAAGUAAAUUUGAAAGUAAUACCAACAUCAGAAUGCUUCAAAAGCCAUCCAAUAGACAUUGGAUCACCUAAAGCUAAAAAUGUAAUGUGUACUUACAGAGACAACAAGGAUUCUUGUGAGGGAGAUUCUGGUGGCCCUGUAAUAUGGCUUGAUCCUGAAACUAAUAGGUUUACAUUGGUGGGUCUUGUCUCUCAUGGAAGGAUGUGUGCAGGUGAUUCUCCAGCCAUAAAUGUGAAUGUUGGUUUCUUUUUGCCCUGGAUUCAAGAGAAAAUUGCUUCUACUGGUUUCAAAGAAAAGACCUGUGCCAAGACAAAUAAGAAGUGAUCUACUUUUUCAAAGAUUUAUUGAUCCACUGAAAAGUAAUCCUAUUUAUGGGAACAUUUUCUUUAACAAAAUAAAUAAAUUAUAAAGCCAAAGCAUAUUAUUGGUAUAUCUGAUGUGUUACCACCUGUGUAAAUUACAUAAAAUUAAAUCAGUUUUUAAUUAUAUUAUUUUUUUUGUAUGAUGUUUUGAAGCAGUAAAAGGAGUAAUAUCAUUUAAA